ACCCGAACCGAAUCCGAUCCGAUAAAAAUGAAUCUGUUCUAACCCGAUCAAAUCAAAUAAAAUCUUUUGGGUACUUACUACUUGGGAUCAACAAUUGAUGUUAUAUCUAAUAUCAUCUAGUUGCUUCAUUUACCAUCAUAUAUGAUAAAUAUUGAUGUGUAGUGCCUUAAAACAGCUAACGGCUACCAUUGAUGUUAUAUGCGGGAUUCAGUGAUCAAAAGAGAGAAUUCAGGUGUCAAUGUAGUCGUGAUUUUGGAUGGAAGUCCAGUGACUGGAGACCUCAGGUGCGACCGCGUAAGGGUUUGUGUUGAUGGAAAUCGUAUCGUCGUCCAAGUCCCUACCGCUGGCUAGAAUUGUAUACGAACAUUAUGUGUAAUAUAGACUUAAGUAUGUAAUGUAGACAAUGUGUAGCUGGUUGGUAGGAUAAUAAUGUAGUUUGCAUCACCUGCUUAAAUAGUUUGGGUGUUUGUUUCACUCAGUAUUACUUAUGACUUAUGUCUCAGUUAUAUCUGUAAACCAAGUAAUUUCGGUGUUCGUUCACCAAAUAUUACUUACGUCCCAAAGUUAUAUCUAUAAAGCAAGUGAUCUGAUAUCCUAUGAAAAUCAAUAAUGUAAUAUUCUUCUAGUAUUAAGUCUUAGGGUGAGCAGAGGGUUAAUUAAAACGUUAAAUCAUCCUCAAGUCCUGCUGCGCUCAUCGAGAUGAAAGAACGAAAAAAUAUUGUGGAAGAUGAUUUUAGAGAAUAUAUUUAUAUGAAUGAUUUAUGAUUGAUUAAAAGAAAUGUUCAAAAUGUAUAAGCGUUUCUUCUGAGAAAAUUUACAAAAUUAUAAACUUUAGCUAUGUAAACAGAAUCCAUUCAGCAUUGGGAAUAUUCUCUUCACCUAAUUCUUUUUCUUUCAACAUUAUCUAUGCUUUUGAAAUUUUAACUUGUUGUCGAUGGAUAUGCUUAGAGAAAUUUUCAAAAUAAAAUUACUUGUAAGAACAUUAAUCAAGAUAAGCUAGCAUCAGGAACCGGUGACUGUCCAUCCAAUAUAAUAUAUGGUUCUACCAGUACUGAUAAAAUAUAUCGACAAUUUUUAAGAAAACGGUAUAACUUUCAAAGCUUAUAGGUUUAUAAAUGUCAAAGGACUGUAUUUCAAACCCGUUAGUCAAGGUUUUCGACUUUGAAUACACAAGCACUCACCUACUACACCGACACUGACAUUGACGUCUCUGAUUCUAUAAAUUGGACUCAGAUUCCUAAAGACGAGCAUAACAAAUACAUCACAGCACUACAAAGAUAAGAAAAGGGGUAGCAACAUGUCGUCCGAAUGUGAUGGGAAGAACUCAUGGCCAGAGCUUUUGGGAACAAAUGGAGACCAUGCGGCUUCCGUGAUAGAAAGAGAGAACUCGAGAGUCGAUGCAAUGGUGAUCUUGGAUGGAACUCCAGUGACUGGAGACUUCAGGUGCGACCGGGUCAGGGUUAGGGUUGAUAGAAACCGUAUCGUCGUCCAGGUCCCUACGACCGGCUAGACUUGUCUUGUUUACCGACCACGCUGUUAUUAUGUCUAUUUAGUAUCAGUAAAAUAAAACUAUAUAUGUAAUUUCUCGUUUACAUGAAUAAUUUGGGUUUUCGUUACCCGAAAGGUUACCGUUGUUCAAAAUUAUAAAUAAAUCUCUGUAUAACGUAAUGGUUGAAAGUGAAUAAAAUUCAUGUCCUAUUUAGUACCUAUUUGUUUCAAAUUUUUAUUUUAUACCAUGUUGAUGAUGAAAUAUUCAUAUAGUUAAAAAUUUAUUUAUAUAUUUUCAAAAGUUUCACAAAACUAAAUCUUUAUGAUAAAAUAGUCCUUGGUAUUCUCUAAAAAUGAUUCUUUUUUAUAUUAUUUCGUCAUUAAUCUGAUUUUCUUUCAUAUUUAUGCAACAUUGUUUCUAAUACAUAAUGAUGCAUAUGGACAAUUGUAACAGUGGAGAUCAAAGUGAUGAGAAAAAAGUCUUACCAUUCGAGUUUUUGAAAUUCAUAAAGAAGCUUUGAUGACAAAACUUUCUUCCUUCUUUCAAAUAGUGUGUUAUCAUAUCUAACAUGAACCUUCCGAUAACAACCAACUAAACUGGAAAUAAAUAACCGAAGUUCAAACUAACACAACUGAAAAGACCCAAUCAGUUCUCUGUCAUGUCGAGUACCAACAACAACUAGUAAUGUAUUUGAGUUAUAAAAGCUUUGAAAAAGGAGAGGUGAAGAAGUGAAUGCAGCUUCAAGGGUUCCAGGUAGGUAAUCCUCAAAUCCUAAUGUUUUGUCACUACCCACAACAAAUACUCACCAUUCACAGUUUUCCUCUUCUCUUUCUGGCACUUAUCACUCGCCCUGAUUAUCACAAAAAAAAAACAUAUAACAUCCACUUAUCAAACACAAGACCAGCAAAAGAGUCGAAAGCACAGAGUUUGUGCAUUUAAAAAAAAAAACUUCAGACGGCAAAAAAGGAGCUAAAGCCAAAAUAUUUGUGAUCCUAACUACAUAAAAGAGUAUGGUUUUUUUAUCACGACAUCGUUUGUCAUGGUCUAUUUUGAUCAAAACAGCAGUUAGGAUCACAAAUAUUUUUAAAAUCUCGGAUAUUCUACGUAGUAGUAGCGAAACAAAUUAAAUAACAAAAAAUUGAUUAAAACAACAGCUAUGGUAUAUCAUCAUGUUCUAUAAAUUAGACUCAGAUUAUGGAAAACAAGCAUAGCUAGCAAACAUUGUCACUGGUAUAUACAGAAACAAAAAGGGAAGAAAAAUGGUGUCUAAUAAUUGUCCUUACAUUGGUAUUCUCUACGCUUUUGAAUUCUGAUCUAAUUGUCAAUAUGAGGAAAUUAUUCAAAAGUAAAAUUACUUAUAAAAACAUUAAUCCAGAUAAGCAUCAGGAACCGUUACUCUCCAUCCAUUAUAAUAUAUGGUUCUACUGGUACUGAUGAUGGUCUAUUUUUAUCGUUGUCAAAGCUUGAAUAUCGACUAUAAAAAUUUCAAGAAAAACGGUAUAACUUGUCAAAGCUUAUCCAUAGGUUUAUAAAUGUCGAAGGGGUGGGUGUAUUUCAAACCCGUUAGUCAAGGUUUUCGACUUUGAAUCUGCAAGCGUUCACCGACUACACCGACUCUAUAAAUUGGACUCGGAUUCCUAAAGACGGGCAUAUCAAAUAUAUCACAACACUGCAAAGGUAGAAAGGGGAAGCAAAAUGUCGUCCGAAUGUCCUGUGCGUACAGGGAAGAACUCAUGGCCAGAGCUUUUGGGAACAAAUGGAGACCAUGCGGCUUCCGUGAUAGAAAGAGAGAACUCGAGAGUCGAUGCAAUGGUGAUCUUGGAUGGAACUCCAGUGACUGGAGACUUCAGGUGCGACCGGGUCAGGGUUAGGGUUGAUAGAAACCGUAUCGUCGUCCAGGUCCCUACGACCGGCUAGACUUGUCUUGUUUACCGACCACGCUGUUAUUAUGUCUAUUUAGUAUCAGUAAAAUAAAACUAUAUAUGUAAUUUCUCGUUUACAUGAAUAAUUUGGGUUUUCGUUA